CUCCUCCUCUCCGCCUCUGUGCAGUUCGUCCUUCUCCAUCUCCGUCACGUUACAACAGCAGCUUCCCGUUCCUGCCUCCUCCUGUCAGCGAGAAACUACAACCACUCCGUAACCAUGACUCACGCCUAUCCAUUCCUGAGCACUGAGCAGAAGAAGGAGCUCAGUGAUAUCGCUCAGAGGAUUGUGGCUGCAGGGAAAGGAAUCCUGGCGGCAGAUGAAUCCACAGGCAGUAUGGCCAAGCGCUUCCAGGGCAUCAACGUAGAGAACACAGAGGAGAACAGGAGACUUUACCGCCAGCUGCUCUUCACCGCUGACGACCGGGUGAACCCCUGCAUUGGUGGCGUAAUCUUCUUCCAUGAGACUCUGUAUCAGAAGACGGACGAUGGCAAGCUCUUCCCCCAGCUGAUCAAAGAGAAGGGCAUAGUGGUGGGUAUCAAGGUGGACAAGGGUGUAGUGCCCCUCGCUGGCACCAACGGAGAGACCACCACUCAAGGUCUGGAUGGACUCUAUGAGCGCUGUGCUCAGUAUAAAAAGGAUGGUGCUGAUUUUGCCAAGUGGAGAUGUGUGUUGAAGAUUACUCCCACGACCCCAUCCAACCUGGCCAUCCUGGAGAAUGCCAAUGUUUUGGCCCGAUACGCUAGUAUCUGCCAAAUGCAUGGCAUCGUGCCCAUCGUGGAGCCAGAGAUCCUCCCAGAUGGAGACCAUGACCUGCAGCGGUGCCAGUAUGUCACUGAGAAGGUGCUGGCUGCUGUGUACAAGGCUCUGUCUGAUCACCACGUCUACCUGGAAGGGACGCUGCUCAAACCCAACAUGGUGACCGCUGGACACUCCUGCCCCACAAAGUACAGCCCUCAGGAGAUCGCCCUGGCAACUGUCACAGCUCUGCGUCGCGCUGUGCCCCCCGCUGUGCCAGGUGUGACCUUCCUGUCUGGUGGUCAGAGCGAGGAGGAGGCCACAGUCAACCUGAACGCCAUCAACCAGUGCCCCCUACACCGGCCUUGGGCCCUUACCUUUUCUUUUGGCCGGGCCUUGCAGGCGUCAGCACUCAAAGCCUGGGGAGGGAAGAAGGAGAACGGCAAGGCCUGCCAGGACGAGUACAUCAAGAGAGCUCUGAAUAACAGUAUGGCUGCGGUUGGGAAGUACGUGUCCUCUGAAAACAAGGGCGCAGCAGCUCAGGAGUCUCUGUUUGUGGCCGACCACGCCUACUGAAGUCACCUCACACCUGUAACAUCCAACAGCGUACAACAGCACUAAUAAGUAUCAGCCGUUACCCUUGUAGUAGUGUACUUCCUGUAGAUUGAUUUUAGAAAUGGAAAACGUUACAGUAUUUGUGUUUAUGCACUUAAACGCCACAUAAUCCAGAGAAAAACAGUUCUUUCACACUUGUUCUCAGAUCUUAAUAAAUAUGAACCUGUGCCUUCAUGAAACAUCUUGAACCAAAUGCAAGGCCUUACAGAGAAUGUUACAGUGCAUAUAGAAUUUAAAGUGUAUACACUGGAAAGACUUGGAUUAAAAUUACCUGCAACUA